AUGUUGGGGAACAAAAAAAGUGGGUGCAAAUUUUCGGCAGAGGAAGAGAGGGUGGUGUUAGAUUUACAAGCAAGGAUCGGUAACAAGUGGGCGCAAAUCGCUACGCAUUUGCCCGGGAGAACUGAUAAUGAUGUCAAGAAUUUUUGGAGUUCUAGGCAGAAGAAGUUGGCCAGAAUUAAGCACUCGUCUCCAGGCAGAGAACUCAAAAGCAAAGGAAAAGGGAUUGCUCAUAAAACUCAAAAUUUAUCGGCAUACAAGAGCAAUGCAAUUGAUCAAGUAGCAGAAGGACCAUCUUCACAAUGCAGUCGAUCAUGCUCAUCCGAGACGCUCAAAAUGGUGCCAAUACCGGAUCCCAUGACCUCGUCUCCUUUACAUUCACUUGAGAAUGACAAAACAGGCCUAAUAUCUUCUACAGAGGCGCAGUUUCUGAUAGAAUUCCCUGACAUUCCGCAACAACUUGAAUUGCCACUUUUGCCAGGAAACAAUGGCAUGGAAUUAAUCGGAGAUGAUGAGGCCCUUAUGAUGAAUAGCGGUUUAUUUUUAGAAGGGCCUAAAGAUUAUAAGUACUGCGGAGAUGAGCUUGAAAGUCCAGAUUGCUUCUUGGAUGAUUUCCCAGAUGACAUGUUUGAUUUUAUUGAGAAAAUGCCAAGCCAAUCACCACCAUGA